AUGCUUCUCCUUACAGUGGCUAUCCUUGCUCUACAUGCCCCACGCGCUCUUGCCCAUGGAUAUGUCAGCCAGGUGCUCAUUGACGGCAACAUGUACAUGGGCAACUCCCCAGGUCACUACGAGGGCCCAAGCCCGAUUCGCACAGUCACGACAGACGGUCCUGUGCAAAAUACGUCUGCAUCGGACCUGGCGUGUGGCGUGGGUGCGGGUCCGGCGCAGUUGAAUGCUGUUGCCAGGCCCGGAAGUGUGGUUAACAUCACCUGGGUGUCUGGCUCAGGCGGGAAUUGGCCGCACGAGGUCGGGCCGGUGCUGACAUACCUCACCGCCUGCGGGAACAUCAGUUGCGUCGGCUUCAACACUUCCGGGGCGCGGUGGUUCAUGAUUGCUCAGGCGGGGAAGAACGCAGACGGUGUGGGGUGGGUGCAGCAGGACAUCAUGGAGGGCAGCAAUUUCAAUGUGACACUCCCGGACAACCUCGCACCUGGCGGAUACCUUCUGCGCAAUGAGAUCAUCGGCCUGCAGAAUGCAAUGACGCCCGGCGGGGCAGAGUUCUUCCCCUCCUGCACACAGCUGCGCGUUAUCGGGAAUGCGACGGGCGUGCCGCCGACGAACGACACCGUCUUGCUCCCGGGCGCAUACAGUGCGACUGAUCCAAGCAUCCUCGUCGACGCGUAUACGAAUCCCAAUGCGUCGUACGUCUUCCCGGGGCCGCCGAUCGCGACAUUGAUGAAUGCGCCACCCGCGAGUGCACCGGUGUCGGAGUACUACGACGACUGGCGCCAUGACGAUGAACAGCCUGUCAUGUAUCGCGGUCCCGCGGGGACUGUGGUGGCGGGGGAUCGUCGCUCGAAAGACUUCCCGGUGUUUGUUCCCAUGGUGUGCCGGGGAUGUAAGCAUGGUAAGCUCUGGCAACGACGACUUUGUGCAUAUCUCUGCUAA